AUGGGAAAUGAGACGUUGGACGACACCAGCGGCGAGAAUCACGGCGAUUUCACGGCGGCGGGCGGAGUUGUUCAAUGGCGACACGCAGCGGUGGAGGGUAUCUCUCUUCGGCGCCGGCGGGAUGAUUGUCACAGUGACGGCGGGGAGUUUGACAAUCGAUUUGGCUGUUGUCGGCGCCAACGGGAGGGAUUGUCGCAAGGAGGACUACCGGCGGGGAGUUUGACAAACGAUUUGGCCGUCGUCGGCGCCAGCGGGGGGAUUGUCGCAGUGAGGAGUGCCGGCGUGUGUCGUUCCCGAUGGAUGCGGCGGCUUUGGGUGUAG